GAACCAUAACUUGGCUGAGAAGCGAUACCGGAGCCGGCUAAAGAACCAUUUCGAAAGUCUGCUCGCCAUAUUACCAAUGCCACCCUCUAAAAAUGGCAAUAACCAUGAUAGCUGCGACCAUUGCUUUAGCAGAGCCAAAGUGCUAGCCCUUGCGCGAGAGCGCAUCGUGUCGCUCGAGGAGGGCUUUGAGGCGAUGGCUAAGGAGCGGGACCAGCUACUGAGGAACAUCGCUCUAAUGUACGAGUUCUCAAAUCAAGAGUGAAGCGUCACUAUCUGGCAAAGAGCUAUAUAUGUUGC